UGUGAAAAAGAAAUAAAUUAAUCAUUCACGACGACACAUAUUGCGAUUACGUCGCAAAAUAAAUAUUUAUUAAUAUAAGUAAACCCAGCCAUCACGUGGACUGCUAUUUCACAUACAAUCACGAAUUCUGUUAAUAGAUUACACUCCCGACAUUUAUGUACUAACUAAUUAUAAUUGUGAUAGUGUAUCAGAAAAUUUAAAUACAGUUAUCUUCAUGAGACAUUUUUAUUAUUUUACAAAUAUUAUACUGAGCAUAGACUUUUAAAUAAGAUUGUGUGUUGUGGAUACACAGUAUAUUAUGAAAAAAAACAAUAUAAUCAUAAAAUACCUACAUAUAGUAAUAAUAAUAAUACUUUAUUGUCUAUAUAUAGGGUAGAUUACAAUGAAGUGGAUGGUUGUCUUUAAUAAUGUACUAAAUAUUAAUAAAUAUACAAUAAAAUGAAAAGUAAAUUUACAAUCAACUGACACGAUAUUCAUUUAUUUCAGGUUAUGGCAAUGGCAUGUUAAUAAAUAAUAAGUAUACAGAGUGAAAAUGAACGACACGAGUGUAUCAGAAAAACCUACCUCACGUAACCAAUCUCAAAAUCAUGAAAAAUCACAUGUUAUUGAUGUUAAAGAAGAUAUGAAUAAAAUUAAUUCUAUAAAAUCGCAGGAUAAUGAAAUAGUUGCACUCUACAUUAAAGAUGACGAUGCAGUAGAUAGGGUUAAGUUUGAAGGUCUUUGUGAUGAUAGUAUAAGUGAAUGCUCAGAUGAUUCAGAGGACUUGAAACCUAAUAUUCCUGAUGGGGGCUGGGGUUGGGUAGUCGUAAUGGCUGCUUUUUUAGUAUCAGCGUGCGCAGAUGGAUUGUCAUUUUCAUAUGGACUCCUUCAAGAAGAAUUUGUAGCGUAUUUCGAAGCGGACCAAUCUAAAAUCUCAUUAAUAGGAAGUCUAUUUUUAGCCACGCCUCUUUUGGCGGGACCCAUAAUGAGUGCCUUAGUAGACAGAUAUGGGUGUAGAAUAAUGACAAUGAUUGCUGGUGUCCUAUCAACAAUAAGUUUUUUACUAGCGUCCAUUAGUAAUUCGGUUGAAAUGUUAUGUCUGACGUUUGGUUUCAUGGCAGGCUUGGCAAUGGGAAUAUUACAUGUUACUGCUGUAGUAUCAGUGGCAUUUUGGUUUGACAAAAGAAGAAAUUUGGCAUUUUCUUUAGCAUCUUGUGGUAUGGGCUUCGGCACUUUAAUAUAUUCUCCGAUGACUUAUUACUUUCUACAGAUUUACGACUGGAGAAACACUAUUGUGUUACUUGCCGGUACUUUGUUAAAUAUGUGCGUAUGUGGAGCUCUAAUGAGGACUCCUGAAUGGCUAGAAAUAAAACAAAAAAGAGAAAGAAGACUAUCGAGAUCCAGAAGAUCCUCUAGUGCAGGUUCUGUGUCGUCUUACUCUAAAUCUAUAGGCGGAGAAUCUGUUUAUUUCACGGCUGAUGAAUUGAAAUCUCUUCUAAAGAGCGGAAAGAGUCCCGAAUACAUAUUGCAUACUUUAGUUACAUCAAUCGCAGAAGCUGAAGAACUAGAAGCUACUACACAAAUGAAUGCCGAUCAAAACUGUAGGCGUAUGCGCUCUGCUAUACAUUUACCAACUUUUAUACAGCACAAUGAAAAGGUCCCACCUGAAGUCAUAGAAAAGCUUAUGGAAAACAAAAAACUUUAUAACAUCAUAUUAGAAAAUUACCCCGAAAUGGUAACUCGAAGACGAUCGGAAAUAAAUGUGAACAUAGAGACACCCCCCAUUAUCGCAGCUAACGAACCGGCGAAAUUGCCAGUUCAAGUUAAACUCAAGAUGCCAAAAGAUAAAAAUUCGGAAAAUACAAAGAACGCCCCCUUAACAGCUGACGAAGAAGCAAAGCCAAAAGAAGCAUCAAACAGUAAAACAGAUGUUAAUUCUUCACUAAAACCUAAAGAAAAGCAUCAUGAGCAUCAUCACAAUCACGUUUCGAGUAAAGAUGUUCACGAUGUUAAAAGCGCACCACAAACGAAUUGGUUGGCGAGGCAGAUAUCCACUGACCACCAUUACUUCAUGAACAUGCCACUAUCUCGUCACACAAUGACAUAUCGCGGUGCUAUGUUGACUUUGCCCAGAUACAGGCUUAAAACUUCCUCAUUACCGGAUAUCUACAAGAACUCUAUGUGGUCGAUUGAUUCUGAAUCUGAUUAUGAAAUGAGAUGGUAUCACCGUUGCUGGGAGACUCUGAAGACGAGUUUCAAUUUUGAAAUGUUCACCGAGUUCCACUUCAGCAUGUUUAAUCUGUGCGAAGUAAUACUGUCCGUGUGGUUCAUAGUGCCUUAUUUCUUCCUCAACUCGUUCAUGACCACCAGGGACAUGGAAGGAGGAGAAAUCAUGCUCAGCAUCAUCGGAAUAGCCAGCGCUAUUGGAAUUGUAGGUUUAGGUUGGACCGGAGACCAGCCAUGGAUGAACGUGACAAAAGCCUUCUCCGUUUGCCUCAUCAUCUGCGGCUUGUCAGUUGGUGCCUAUCCUCUGGUCAUCACCAACUUCUGGGCUCUGAGUGUCAACUCUGCUAUUUUCGGUUUCUCCUUCGCUAGCACAUACUCUUAUUCGCCGGCGAUAUUGAUGCAGCUUGUCCCGAUGGAGUACUUUACUGUUGCUUAUGGAUUGGUUCUAUUAGCUCAAGGAAUCGGACAUUUAGUUGGGCCACCGAUUGGAGGUCUGUUGUACGACGUGACCGGUAGCUGGGACCUGACUUUCUACGUGGCAGGGUUCUGGUUGAUUGUAUCUGGUCUAUGUCUGGUGGUGGUGGCGUACACCAAGAACAUUCGGAUGUGUGGGGUAGCCCCUCUGCUUAACGAUAAGAAAGACUCGGAAGACGGUGUUGCUAUUUGAAUGUUACAUUUACCAUUCAGAAUAUUCGAAUAAUAUUCUGAAUACUACUUCACAACUAGAGGUUUAUCUUGAGAUUCAGUGCCUUUGAUUUAUGUGUUUGUAAUUCAUUAAAACUAUGGACUCAGAAUGACGGUAACGGAAUUCACUACUAACGUAUUAUCUGCAAUUUAAAUAUUUAUUUGUUGGAAUAAGUAUCUUCAAUAUUUGUUGUUUAAAAUGAAUUGGUCAGAUUUGCUUUGAGUAUUGUCGAAAGUAUAAUGAAACGCAGCAAAAUUUAUUCAUCAUUAAGAAUAAAUCCUGCACUGUAUCCCACAAUGUUUAUAGCAAGUUAAUUUUCAAAUAUAAAUGCAUCAAAUCAAUUCUAUAAAACUUCACGUGAAAUUACGCGCUGGCGCGUGGAGCAUAUCUUUGAUAUCCCGAAAUAUUAUGUUGAUGCCAGUCAAAGGGUUAAAUGAAUUGUGAUCUGAAUUGGUCAGAUUUGAUUGGCGCAUUGUCAAAAGUUUUUAACUUUGUAUAGAAAUAUAUAAAUAAUUGCCAUUGU